AUGGAAUCGGGUCAUAUCUGUAAUGGAUGUGGAAAUGAAGCUACCCUUCUCUGUCAUUGCGAUAAUGGCUCUGUGAUGCUCUGUACUAUUUGUCUUCCAGUUCAUUUUGCUCAAAAUCCUAUCUCAGUCCACAUCCAAACACCAAUUCCUCAAAGUGGCUAUGAAGGUAACUCAUCAUGUGAAAUUUGCAACGGGGAGCCCCAAUUCAUCUGUCUUUGUAAAGGACGGAGCAUGUUUUUGUGUAGGAGCUGCAGAAUAGUGCAUAUUGACAAAGACCCAAGCACAUCUCACUGUUUUGAGCCUGUAGAAAAUUAUGAUUUGUUACAGUCAGGAGAUGAUGUGGCGAAAUUCACAACGAGGAAAAAAAUUAUUGACAAGACUCAAGAACAAAUAUUGUGAAAUCUAAGGCAAAUAGAAAUAUAUAAAGAACAGCUAAUAAAAGCUAAAGAAACUCUUCAUGAACAAGUAGAAAUUAUAAUUAAAGAAAAAAUUGAUGAAGUUUUAAGGGUAGAAGAAGAAAUUUUAAAAGCCAGGGCAAAUUUGAUGAACGCAAGGAUGAAAGAAAACGAGAACUGGGUCAGCAAAUUUAUAUUCAGGAUGGAAAACUGCGAAAAUGAUGCUGAGUAUAACAGACUUAGAAAAAUAUACUUUAAAGUUGACAUAACAAAUACAAUGGAGAGCUUGAAAAGAAUUUCUAUGCUCUUUUAUGAUGGAUUUGAAAACAGUUUCGGGGAAACUUGGUUCCCGAAAGGAGACACAAAUAGGCUGGUAAAAUAUGACCCAAAUGAAGGCAAAUUAAGGUCGGUAAAAAUCAAUGGGGCAAGUUUUUAUCAUAGAAGUGCCUUGUGUACACUGCCAGAUGACAGUGUGUUGAUAUGUGGAGGGAAAAGUGGAAACGUGAUGAGGGAUGCGGCAUUAAUAAACCCAGCCACACAAAAAAUUGAUGCCAUUGUAUCAUGAUAGUUAUAUUACUUAUAGAAGAGCCAAAUGCGAUUCCUGAAGGAUCAUCCACCCGUAAUCCCCUUCUCUUGUUCGCCAAAUCGAUGACAACCUUAAAUAAGAUGAUGCUGCUGGAGAAGAGUCCGCAUUUGUUGGAUUAGUUAUGUCACGUAAGGGUACGUCAUCAGAGGAUAGCAUCAAUGGAAAAUUAAAAAUGUUGAAUUUUCUUGCCAAUUGAAAUUCAAAGCCUAGGACGUAGCCCAUGGUUUCAAGCUGUGAAGUUCCGAUCGUCAGUAAAAAAAACCACUGACUCUACUGGGAAAUCCCUUUCCAACUCUCGGCUCCAUUUUAUCUCCAAGGCAAUCACCUGGAUCUAGAAGAAGCAUAUGGUCGGCUAGCUCUCACCAAACCAAAAAAAAUUGGCUGAUGCACAUUUACCGAACUCCAUCCUCCCUUUCUCAAGUUUCCUGAAUACUCUGUGGGGGUGUAGUUCCAAGAGUUAAGAAGGUAUGUUGGCUCGCCACCUUUUUAGUGUAUAAUUGACGCCAUUGCAAAAAUGCAGUUUCCAAGACAAUUCCAUGGGGUUUGUUAUCAUAAAAAUUAUGUCUAUGCAUUUGGAGGAAAACAUAGAGGCCCAAUUCAAACAGCUGAAAGGUAUUCUUUGGUCACAAAAGUAUGGGAGCUGCUUCCUAAUAUGAAUAUGCCGCAUUGCCAUGUUUCAGCUGUAGUAAUUGGGGAUAAAAUCUAUAUAGUCGGAAAUUCUACUCAUAUAGAGGUUUUUGAUCCAAAAGAGCUUCAAUUUUAUAUACUUUUUGAAUCUAAAUUGCUCUAGGGUAUAUACUAAUUGACCAAGAAUAGCCCACUAAGGAGCCAUUCUUGGUCUGCCAGAAAAAAUUUUGACAAAAGAUCCUAAUCUGCCAUUACCACUGAGUUUUGGUGUUUCCAAAUUUUUUGGGCAAGCCAAAUGCAAUAAAAAAAAAUUGUUCUUUCGCGAUGAUGCAUUUGGCUUGUCAAAAAAAUUUGGAAACACCAAAACUCAGUGGUAAUGGCAGAUUAGGAUCUUUUUGUCAAAAUUUUUUCUGGCAGACCAAGAAUGGCUCCAUAGUGGGCUAUUCUUGGUCAAUUAGUAUAUAUAAAUAGCAUAUAGGGAGAAAUUUAUUGAGGCAAAACAUACUAUUCCUAUUGCUUUACCUGAAAAAACGUGCAGGACAAGCAUGUAUCUCUAUAAAGGAGACGUUUAUAUGUUUAUUAGAAAUGAGCUUUAUAAGAUAGAUUUAGUUGAAAAUAAGAUAACAUUAGUUACAACAAUGGGUGUAGACUUGGUUUUAUAUACACCUUGCAAGCCGUUGGACUAUGGAAAUAAACUUUAUUUCUUUUCAAACACACCUCCAACCAUAAAUUUAAUAUCUUGGGGAAUAGACAACUUAUAUUCAUUUGAUACUGAGAAUUUUAGGCUAACCGAACUUUUUAUCGUCCGUUAA